AUGCCUCCCGUUGCUCCUAUCAAUGCUGGCCAGCAUGGCCCCUCCAACGUGGAUAAACUCAAGAUGGGUGCCAUGAUGGGUGGAAGAACUGUCAACAUUUUCCGAUAUGGAGCCGGUCCUAACGGCAUUAUGAGAACUCUCGGUCAAUACAUGCUGGGCUCCGGAGCAACUUUUGGCUUCUUCAUGUCCAUUGGUAGUGUCAUUCGAUCCGAUGCCGACCCCAAACUUCACGAAAUGUACAUGCGAGCUCAACGUCGGCCUAUAAUGUUGAUGGCCAACCCCGCGUGGAGGAAAUCAUGA